UGUAACGCUGCCGUCGGAGUGAAGGCAUUUUUCGACAUGAUGCACAGCGGGCCUCACAAAGUGAUGCUGUUUGGAGAUGUCUGCACUCAAGUCACGGAUCCAAUUGCGAAAGCCUCCAAACAUUGGCGCCUAACUCAGUUAAGUUAUGCUGACACCCAUCCAAUGUUCACGAGUGACAACUUUCCAAAUUUCUUCAGAAUAGUGCCAUCUGAAAACGCUUUCAAUGCACCGAGAGUGGCAUUAUUGAACCACUUUAACUGGACGAGAGUCGGAACAAUUUACCAAAACGAGCCUCGAUAUGCACUU